ACUUUGUUCCUGAUUACAAAAUGGCGCUCCCCAUCGUCUCAUUUCGUCUGCUUGUUUGCAACGUCAUCUAAAGUUGUUUCUUUGCAUCUGCGUACUUUAUUUUGUGAUUUCAAUCUACCACUACAUAUUUAAUAGAUUUGAUUAUGCUGUAAAUAUGUUUGGAGUUAAUAUGGUCGCAGUUUUAAUGUUUUUGAGUGUGACUUUUACACUAUCUGUGUUGACAACUGUAGCCUUCAAUCCAUUUAUGGACAGUGAUUUACACUCCAUUGACUGGGCUGGUCAUACGCCAAUCGACCAGAUUGAAGGCCAUAAUAAUGUUGUUUUGAUGAAAACAGCUGCAAAUGAGAAGUACAAAUGUGUUCUACCUGAUACCAAAGAUUCUGAAGAUGAUUCAGCGAGGAAGAAUUACGCUGGUCCUACACCAGAUGAGCUAAUGGAAUCUCUAUUUCAACAGAAAAGUUGUUCAUACAGGAUUGAAAGUUACUGGACGUAUGAACUGUGCCAUGGUAAACACAUGAAACAGUAUCAUGAAGAUAAAGAACUGAGUAAUAAAAAAGCUCCUCCUCAGGAGUACUUCCUAGGAUUUGCAAAACGAGGCUCAAAGGGAGAGAAAACAAAGGAAGGGGAACAGCUAAAGGAAGAAGUAAAAAAGCCAACAGAGAUUAAGAUCAAGAAAAUAGACAAUAUUGAUCUGCCAUAUUUUGAGGUCAACAUGACGGAUGGGACAACAUGUGACCUAACACAACAGCCUCGGAAAAGUCGAUUUCUGUAUGUGUGUCAGCCGGAUGGCCGUGGAGAGAUUUAUGAGUUCAAGGAAGUUUCCACUUGUGAAUACGAGGUUGUGGUCCUCACUGCUGUAUUGUGUUCUAACCCAUUGUUUAAACCGAAAAACCCACCAGUAUCCAAGAUAGCAUGCCAUGCUGUAGAUGGUUCCCCAGACAAACCAACAGUUUUAAAACAAUGGGACAAUGAACAAAGCAAAGCUCUACCAAGAAAAGAACGAAUCAUAGUGAAGCCUGGAAACAUUCAAGAUGAGACUGAGGAUGUACAAAAGGCCAUUCCAGAACCCCCACAGCAGGCCCCGAAGGUCUUGGCCCCAGACAAAACAUUAGGGGACACAACGGACAAACAAGUCCUCAGGGACUUCCUUUCUGGUAGCCACUGCUUACAAGGGGGCACUGGUUGGUGGAAACAUGAAUUAUGUUAUGGGAAACAUGUUAAGCAAUUUCAUGAGGAUCCAAAUGGAAGAACGGAAGUUUUCCUUGGAUAUUGGAAUGAACAAAAACAUUUAGAAUGGUUAACAAAUCAUCCUUCCAAGAGACCGACAGAAAUAGGGAAAAGAAAGUCUUUAUAUUACCUUUAUGUUGAUGGAGAAGUUUGUGAUGUAACUGGUAAAAAAAGAUUAGCAGAAGUUAGAUUAAAAUGUGUUCCUAAUCCUGGACAACCACAUUCUGUCUCUAUAUAUCUAAUGGAACCAAAAACCUGUGAAUAUAUAUUGGGGAUUGAGUCUCCGCUGUUCUGUAGUAUACUGGAUCGUGCAGAUGACAAUGGUAUAAUUAAGGAUAUAAUCAAUGUUUAGUAAGACAGAUAAAAUAAUAACUGGAACAACAAAAUAAUCGUAAGGACCAGAGGAUAACUUGUCCUAAACCAUGUGUCUGAUGUUAAGGACCAGAGGAUAACUUAUCCUAAACCAUGUGUCUGAUGUUAAGGACUGGAGGAUAACUGGUCCUAAACCAUGUGUCUAAUGUUAAGGACCAGAGGAUAACUUAUCCUAAACCAUGUGUCUGUGUAAGUGUCGAAUUCCUGACCAGAAGAAACCUGCAUUAUACAAUCGUUUUAAAAUGACAUUGAUAACAAUCACAACGGAAAUGACCUGGUUGAAAUAUGAUUCACAGAGUACAAUUGUGCCAUGGUGAAAGAUUGUUUUUCUAUUGAUGAAAAUGAAGUGCCUUAAAAGUCAUUAAAUAGUA